AUGGCCACCACGAAUCAAUGUCUUGCCUCUCUGGCAAGGCUCAGUCUCUCGUCGACUGUCAGACCUGCAGCCGCCUCGAUACCCAAAUUCCUCGCACCUCUGGCCGUCCAGACGCGAUGCGCCAGUGCAGGUACACAGGCCAUGCAGGCGCGCGCGAGAGAAAAGGAGAAGCUCAAGAGGAAGAGGAAACAACAGAGAUUCAAGGAGUACAAGUUCGCCGUACCAAGCAAGGAGGAGUCGCACUCGCUAUGCGACGCCAUGAGAUACCUCAGAGCUGCAGAGGUCGGCCGUCCCCCGUCGUCCGUCACAUAUGAGGCAUCUUUGAAGAUCCGAACCAUCAAGAACGGUCCCAUCAUCCGAAACCGAGUCCGCUUCCCUUACCCCGUCAAGAACGACACCCGAAUUGCCGUCAUUUGUCCGGACGGCAGUGGUGCCAUGCACGAUGCGAGACAAGGAGGAGCCGUUGCCUUUGGCGAGGAGUCGCUGUUCGAGAUGAUCAAGAAGGACGCCAACAACCUCCCUUUCAACCGACUCAUCUGUCACACCGACUCAGUCCAGGCCCUCAACAAGGCUGGCCUGGGAAGAAUUCUGGGUCCCAAGGGUCUCAUGCCUUCCUUGAAGACCAACACAAUCACCAAGAGUGUCAAGACCAUGAUGCACGAGAUGGUCGGCGCUGAGCAGUACAGAGAGAAGAUCGGUGUUGUGCGCAUGGCCGUCGGCAACAUUCUUUUCACCCCCAAGCAGUUAUCCGAAAACCUCAAGGCUCUCGUCGGCCAAGUCAAGGUCGAUCUCACGGCCCUGGAGGAUAAGACCAACAUCGGCAAGGACCUGAUCGAGGUGGUCCUGACAUCUACCAACGGCCCCGGUUUCCCUCUGAACGGAGGCUUCAACUCUACUGAUGGGGAGGUUGACCCUGCGCAUUUGAGCACGACAAUGUAG